CUCUCUCCACCAUCGCCAUUUGCCCCAGGAUUGUGGUUGGGACCCAGAGAGGAGUUAAAGCCUUGGAGCUGCUCUCACUUAGACCCCUGGUGGGGCUGAGGUGACCCAGGUGGUCCCCAUCAAUUUAGAAGCCAGCAUUACGGAGGGGGUGCUGAGCCUCACUCUGCACGAAAUGCUUCAAAACCUGCCCCGGAGCUCCCAGGAGCUCAGGCUUUUUUCCAGAGGCACGCAGGUAAGUGGGAAGGCUGAGCCUCGCUAUUAUUUCUAUUUCGAGCCUAAGAAAGUGGCCCGGAGAGAAGUGAAAUGCCCAGCAGCAGGGGUAGUGAGAGGCGGAGCUGAGAAAAGAACCCAGCUACAGCGUUUUCAUCAGGACGCCAGUUCGCCGCCUAUCCAGCUGCCUCCAGCGUGGGCCACCAGGCCUGGCAGGGGGAGGAAAAUGGAGCCCGGCGCUGCUGCCCGCGCUUGGUCUCUCCUCUGGCUGCUGCUGCACUUGCUUGGCUCGGUCUGCGCCAGUGGCCCCCGCACCUUGGUGCUGCUGGACAACCUCAACCUUCGGGAGACGCACUCGCUUUUCUUCCAAAGCCUAAAGGACAGGGCCUUUGAACUCACAUUCAAGACCGCAGAUGACCCCAGCCUGUCCCUCAUUAAGUACGGGGAGUUCCUCUAUGACAAUCUCAUCAUCUUCUCCCCUUCGGUGGAAGAUUUUGGAGGCAACAUCAACGUGGAGACCAUCAGUACCUUUAUUGACGGCGGCGGCAGCGUCCUGGUGGCCGCCAGCUCGGACAUUGGUGACCCUCUUCGAGAGCUGGGCAGUGAGUGUGGGAUUGAGUUCGACGAAGAGAAAACAGCUGUCAUUGACCAUCACAACUAUGAUGUCUCAGACCUUGGCCAGCAUACGCUCAUCGUGGCCGACCCCGAGAACCUGCUGAAGGCCCCAACCAUUGUCGGGAGAUCAUCUCUGAACCCCAUCCUCUUUCGAGGUGUUGGGAUGGUGGCCGAUCCCGACAAUCCUUUGGUGUUGGACAUCCUGACGGGCUCUUCCACAUCUUACUCCUUCUUCCCAGAUAAACCGAUCACCCAGUACCCGCAUGCGGUGGGGAGGAACACCCUGCUCAUUGCGGGGCUCCAGGCCAGGAACAACGCCCGUGUUGUCUUCAGCGGCUCCCUGGACUUCUUCAGCGAUGCCUUCUUCAACUCGGCGGUGCAGAAGGCUGCACCCGGCUCCCAGAGGUACGCCCAGACGGGCAACUACGAGCUCGCCGUGGCCCUCUCCCGCUGGGUGUUCAAGGAGGAAGGCGUCCUCCGUGUGGGGCCCGUGUCCCACCAUCGGGUGGGUGAGGCCGCCCCACCCAACGCCUACACCGUCACGGAUCUAGUGGAGUACAGCAUCGUGAUCGAGCAGCUCUCCAAUGGCAGAUGGGUCCCCUUCGAUGGUGAUGACAUCCAGCUGGAGUUUGUCCGCAUCGAUCCUUUUGUGAGGACCUUCUUGAAGAAGAAAGGUGGCAAGUACAGCGUCCAGUUUAAGCUGCCCGAUGUGUAUGGGGUGUUCCAGUUUAAAGUGGAUUACAACCGCCUGGGCUACACGCACUUACACUCUUCCACUCAGGUGUCGGUGCGGCCGCUGCAGCACACGCAGUACGAGCGCUUCAUCCCGUCGGCCUACCCGUACUACGCCAGCGCCUUCUCCAUGAUGCUCGGCCUCUUCCUCUUCAGCACCGUCUUCUUGCACAUGAAGGAGAAGGAGAAGUCCGACUGAGGCG